CUCGGAGCCUCGGAGGUCACCCGUCUGGCCGUCUCUUCCAUUCCGUUUUUGCGCCUGCUGAUCACGCCCACCUCCGCCCCACUUUCCUUUUUCGUGAGCCGGCUCCUCCUCCUCUCCUCCUUCCUUUUCCCUUCGCGACAUUGUGGCGGCUGAUCCUUGCGGGCCUUGAAACCCUAGUUUUGUUGGUGGUGGCCGGCGUCGGCCAUUAGACGCCCCUCCAUGGACUCCGGCGAGGCGCCUAACCGGACUCGCAGGGAAGGGGGUUUUAGGAGGAGUGAUCAGCGCAGAGAUGUUAGCCUGCCUCGGCACCAUGCAUCCGGAGCAGGUUCAGCAGAUAAUCGGCAGGGGAGAGACAAGGCUACUCACCGUGGAUCCUACCAAAAUCACGAGAAGAAUGAAUUGCCCCAGUCAUCGGGGCCCCGGUCUCAGCCUGCUCAGAACAGAGACGAGCUGUUCGUGUGGCCCUGGAUGGGUGUCCUGGUCAAUGUGCCUACUGAGUGGAAGGGUGGGCGCCAGGUCGGGGAAAGUGGGAACCGGUUGAAGGAGCAGCUCUCGCGCUUUUGCCCGCAGAAGGUCGUCCCUUUGUGGAACUAUAGAGGCCACACGGGCAAUGCUAUUGUUGAGUUUGGAAAAGACUAUAAAGGUUUCAAAGCUGCGUUUUCCUUUGAAAAUCACUUUGAGGCAGAAGGAUAUGGAAAACAGGACUGGAAGGCGCAGAAGCAUCGAGGAUCUGAAAUGUUUGGCUGGGUCGCAAGGGUUGAUGAUCAAAGAACUCCAGGGCCGAUUGGGGAGUAUCUUCAAAAAAAUGGUGAUCUGAAAACUAUUGCUGAUCUUGAGAAUGAAGGAACGCGUAAAACAGACAAACUUGUAGCCAAUUUGGCUGGCCAAAUUGAGGUAAAGGCCAAGCAUGUCCAAGAACUUGAGUGUAAGUACAAUGAGACAACCACUUCACUUGACAAGGUGAUGGAAGAAAAGGAGCUGAUCCUCCAGAAGUACAAUGAUGAAAUCCAUGAGAUGCAGCAAGUUGCGCGUAGACAUUCUCAAAGGAUAAUUGACGAGAAUCAAAAGCUUCGUUCAGAACUGGAGUCCAAGAUGCAGAAUCUUGAUUUAAAAUCCAAGCAACUUGAUGAGCUUGCUGUGAGAAGUGACUCUGACAGAAGGAACCUUGAGAGAGAGAAGGAAAAGCACGUGGUUAAAACAAAGUAUCUUAAGAUGGCAGCAAUGGAGCAGCAGAGGGCUGAUGAAAAUGUGCUGAAGCUUGUGGAGAAACACAAGAGAGAAAAACAAGCUGCUCUAGAUGAGAUUAUCAAAUUAGAGCAGAAAUUGGAUGCCAAGCAGAAACUUGAGUUAGAAAUAAAACAGCUGCAGGGCAAAUUGGAAGUGAUGAAGCAUAUGCCAGGCGAGGAAGACUCUGAAUCAAAGAGGAAAAUAGACGAACUUAACGAGGAGCUACAAGAGAAGUAUGAUGACAUGGAUUUAAUGGAAUCACUCCACCAGACUCUGCUUAUCAAGGAAAGGAAAAGCAAUGAUGAAUUGCAAGAUGCUCGGAAGAAGCUGAUAGAUGGCUUGCGGGAUACUAUAACUGGCCGAACGAAUAUAGGCAUUAAAAGAAUGGGCGAUCUUGAUCUGAAAUCAUUUGCGAUUGCUUGCAAAAGUAAAUUUUCAAAAGAAGAUGCGGAAGUUAGUGCUUCCAUUCUUUGUUCAAAGUGGCAGGAGGAGAUAAAAAAUCCAGACUGGCACCCAUUCAGGGUUGUCAUGGAGAACGGAAAAGAGAAGGUGGGGAUCCCCCCCCAACUGAUUUCCUCAAAAAAAAACUUCGAUGCUGGGAAGCAACACUAAUUGCGUCUUUGAGGGCAAGACCUUAUGUUAAUGUAAGCUACUCUUGAUUAAUAUGAGGAUCUAGUUGAAUAAAUAGUAGUUUGUGUUACUCAAGAUUUGCUUCCUUUUUGACUGAAAACUGUAGGAAAGAUUCCGACAGCAUAAAUAUAGUAAUAAGCAGAAAAAUAUUUACAAGGAAAGAAGGAGGGAGAAAAGGAAAAAGGAAAAGAGGAUUACAAAAGGCUGACCCUAUUGCCUAAAAAAAUAAAAAUAAAGUUAAGUUGACCCUGGGACCUAUACCAGUUAAGUUAUUUGUAAUUCGUCAGCUUUUGGAAUAGAGUGCAUCUAGCAUUUGCUUGUGCAGUGAUGUAUCAGUCAAACUUUUUACUAAUAAAAAUCUUACCACAUGCACCAAUUUUCAAGUUUCACUUGGUGCUCACAUUACUACAAUGCUAAUUACUCCUCUAGAAGCUUAUGACAUUCCUUAGACAAUUAAAGUAGGAAAAAUAAAUGGUGUUCUCUGCUCGGGCUCAGUGGAGGCAAGUUUGUUUAAUCAAUUAAUCUUGUCUUAGUUGUCUUGGUAACUAAGUGUUCAUACUCAGUUCCGUGCUGGUCCAAAUUGGCUAUAUUGGAUAAUGUCUGUUGAAAUUUGACUACAUAUCCAUACUUUGGUACUCGAAGCUCUGCUAUUGUCUGCAAACGAUGUUUUUGCUGAAAUUUAUGUACUGUAAUUUAGUUGUACCACAGGAAUGAAAAGCUCCUACUGCAUAGUAUUUGAUAUUGUUUUCUGCAAUGGUGCAUUACCAUAUAAUGGAGUUGGUGUCUCUUAAAUUAAUUCUUACAGUCAUAAAAGUUCUUGUUUAAAAUGGUAGCAUUUAAGUUUCAAGCAACAUUUGGACAUUGCAGAAAUCAUGUGUGAAUACGCUGCUAAAUUAACAGCAAAGGUCUUUGAUUACUGUCUCGGGCAUAUUCAUGGGACGUAGAGUUUUGCAUCUGUUAUCUCUUUCUGUUCAUCUUUCAUUUCUCAAAUGGGAGAAGUAUCGUUUAUGUAACGGCGUGUGCA